AUGGGGUUUCGUUCAAACCCUAGAUUUCUCCUUAUACUAGUUACUGCUGCCUUUCUUCUACUACACUCCUCCUCCUCUCCCAUCGCUGCUGCUCAGGAAAGCGGGGUGGAAAAUGAGGGAAAUGAAUCAAGAUCCUUUCAAGAUCUCGGCCGCCGUGGCAUGAUUGUUACACACGGCGGUGAUUCCAAAUCUGUUGGUCUUAAAUUGGACUCAGGUCUUGGAAUUUUUGAUGCAUUCUUUGCUAGCUUCUCAAUGAUUAUGGUCAGCGAGAUUGGAGAUGAAACUUUUAUAAUAGCUGCUCUUAUGGCAAUGCGACACCCUAAAUCAACUGUUUUAUCUGGUGCACUCUCUGCCUUGAUUGUUAUGACUGUACUUUCUACUGGACUUGGUAGGAUUGUGCCAAAUUUGAUAUCAAGGAAGCAUACAAAUAGUGCAGCCACAAGUUUGGACCAUGAAAGAUCUUCUGUCUUUGUUCAGUUUGUUCCCAUUUCUUUCCCUACCUUACUUUUAAUGGUUGAGGCAGAACUGGUUGAAUUCAAAUAUGAUUAA